GGCCCCAAUUAACAAUUAACCAGGCCUCAAAGACCUCCCGAAUUGAGUCGAAAAGGCCACCUAAUUCUGCCGAUAUCCUCCAAUAUCUUCCACGUGUAAUUAAUUUGUUCAUAUUGUUCGAGCAGACUGCUAUCAUCUGUUCUUAAAGAUCAUCGCGCAAUCUUCUUUUUCUCAUUCUUCUUCACUCUUUAUUCCAUGCUUUGAACUCUCCACACUUAGAUCCGUCACAGACGCAAAUACAUCUCACAAUGAUUGUGAAAGUAAAGUUGUCGGUCCUUGCCUUUGCCGCAACUCUCUUAUCAUCACACUCUUUGGUCUCGGCCCUUUCUGCAAAUGAUAUUCCCUCUGAUACCCCCAUUUCAUCUUUAUUGGCAUCUGCCAACGCGCAUCUGGCAAAAGGCGAAACGAACGAUGCCUUGACUUAUUACGAUAUUGCUAUCGCCCGCGAUCCAUCGAACUAUCUCAGUCAUUUCCGUCGCGGGGCUGCCUAUCUUUCCCUUGGUCGAAUGGCUCAGGCUGCCCAAGACUUUGAUAAGGUAUUGACAAUCAAACCAGGCCAUGAACCGGCAUUGUCACAAAGGGCGAAGAUCAGAGCAAAGAAUGGAGAUUGGGAAAACGCCAAACAAGAUUACCUCUCCCUCGGCGCAUCUCAUGGGGCCGAAGAAGAACUCGCGAAUUUAGUAGAGGCCCAAGGUGCAGCUAGUUUGGCAAUGGAUGCAGAGAAAGAUCAGAAUUGGGAAGAAUGUGUGACACAAGCCGGAGCUGCAAUCAUGGUUGCCUCCAAGGUAGUAUCACUCCGCAAAACCAGAGCUCAUUGUCGAUUUGAACGCGGCGAAGUCCAAGAAGGAAUGAGUGAUCUCAAACACGUUCUCCAAAUGCAACCAGGACUUACAGAUCCCCAUCUCCGGAUCUCUACAAUCAACUUUUAUGGCUUGGGGGAAUUGGAGCAGGGUAUGGACCAAUUGAGGAAGUGCUUGCAUUCAGAUCCAGAUUCGAAGAGUUGUAAAAAAAUGUACAGGAGAGAGAAGACCAUCGACAAAACCUUAGCCCAGGUUCGCAAAUAUUACGAAAAACAUCAAUAUGCGAGCGGAGUGAAACUUCUCGUUCCAUCCGGAGAGGAGGUUGGGUUGGUUCAAGAGAUAAAGGAUGAUAUCAAGGAAUACCGAGAGGCUAGCAUAAUCCCCGAGCAUGCGCCAAAUCAUCUGCUCACUCAAGUUGUCGAAAUGGUUUGCCAGGCUUAUCACGAGACCAAAAAUACUAAGAAGGCCACUACUUACUGUGAUGAAGCUCUUUCACUCAACGAAAACUCCCUUUAUGGACUACUUCACAAAGCCCAGAAACAUAUGGAAGCAGAGAACUACGAAGCUGCUAUAUCCACCCUCAACACUGCAAAGGAAAACCACCCUGAAGCGCAGCAGAUUGGGGGACUCUUGCAAAAAGCUCAAGUAGAAUUGAAGCGAAGCAAAACGAAAGAUUAUUACAAGGUUCUAGGGGUUCCUAAGGAUGCGGACGAGCUUCAGAUCAAAUCAGCAUACAGAAAAUCGGUCAGAAUAAAUCAUCCAGAUAAGGCCCACAAACAAGGAAUUAGCAAGGAAGAGGCAGAAAAGAAGAUGGCAGCCAUUAAUGAAGCAUAUGAAGUACUGAGUGAUCCUGAAUUGAAGGCUCGCUUCGACCAAGGAGAUGAUCCAAAUGACCACGAGCAACAAAGAGGACAUCCAUUCCAACAGGGUAACCCAUUCGGUGGUGGUGGAUUCCCUUUCCAACAAAGCGGUGGACAUCACCAUGGUGGUGGACAACAAUUUAAUUUCAAGUUCGGUCAAGGGGGAUUCAAUUUCGGUUAAGGCGAUAUCUUCCAUUCUGAAUCCAGGCGUUGGUUAGGCUUUGCAAGUUGACGGUGAUUCAACCAUUUAGUAUACUCUGUAAAAUGUACACAUCAUGGCUCCAAGAUGCUUCUGUGAUAACGUUUAAGAAGAGAGAGAAAACGCAUUCCAUUCAAUGAAUGUUCAAUUAGAGAUUCGGUUUCUGUUACUGCAUUAUAUUUGUGAUUGUAAUUAUUGUGGUUACGAUGGGAAUGUUUGUGGAUGUGAAUUGAUCAAUCACGAAGCCUCGUCAUCAGCCUUGUCAAAUUUCGGGCGCUACUGUAUAAAUCCCGACGGUAUAAUGGAAUGGCA